GUUCGCAAUACCGUUAUCACCAACGAGGAAGGUCAAAUUAUUUACAAGACAGAGACUCCGUUCGGAGUCGGACUAGCUGGCUUCCAUACUACGACCAUUCAGAAAAUCAAGCCAAAUGACGGCCAGCAUCAUAUGCACGACCAGUUCGAUGUUUUGGGAGAGAUCGAGUGGCACAGCUUUACUUCCUCAAAGUUUCGUUAUGGUGGAACUGAAGUAGAGACAAAGGAGUUCAUUCCGAGGAGAGGCCUAUUGGGUCGGAAGCGCAUCUUCACAGGACCAGAUAGCCGUCCCUAUCGCUGGGACCUGAAGCCCAGACUCUCACGGGACGAUGCGUCUCGAAUGGAGGUCGCUCGCUUUCAUAGAGCGACUCUCGGAAUUGUAGGAAGGAAACGUAAAGCCAUGCUGGAAGUAUCACCUGAAGUGGCUCAUAUGAUGGAUACCAUCAUCAUGACGUUUAUCUAUGUCGAGAAACUCAGAAAGGAUAAAGAAAAGUGA